GGCAGAGCACUGCUUUCUGCACAGUGCUGGCUAAUGAGGCAGAGUCACUAAGGAGGAUAUAUUUUAAAACAUUUAAUUUUACUUCCAUCAUGCUCCAACAAUUCUGUAUCAGCUCUUGGGGAAUGCUCACUACCUGAGAAGCACUAAAUGUCAUUAAGUUCCUCCCUGGCAGAAAUACUGAAGUGAUCAAACGAAGGUGUUUCAAGGUGUGAUUGUGCUGAGUUUUGCUUUGAAACUGGAAGUGAGUUUUGAGGGCUCUGCUGGGAGUUUGGAGCCGAUGGUUUUGUAUUUCCAUUAUGGGUCCUUUUUGUCCUGCACUUAUCUGGGACUCAUGCUGGGAUAUUGAGGAGCCUCUUCGUGGGACUGUCCGAAAUGACCUCAGGAAACACCUUCUGAUAAUCAGUUCAUGUUUCCCUUUGCAGUUCUUUUGCCUCCUUUUUAGCACCGAAUCUUAAAAACUGUUAGCAGGAGAAAUAAAAAGCAUUACAGUGAAUGGCAACUGGGAGAACAGCCUGUGCUAAUUCAGGAAAAAAGUGCAUGAGCCCCAAAAUUGUAUUACACACAAGCAUACCACCAUUUGCUCUGGUUGCUGGUCUUUGGAUGUACACCAUGGGAGAGAUCUGAUGCUGCCCACCAUCCAAGGCUGUGUGCUGCCUCAGCUCGGGCUGCUGCCAUUACCAGGAGUGGGAAUUCUGUUUUACAAACACGUCUCGUGUAAACUUUUGGCCAUAAACACAAAUCAUCCUCUGUAUCACGAACUGUUUUAAAGAAAGAUGAUUUCUUUUCAUAGGAUAGUUUUAGGAUUGAAAAGCGUCUUGGGUUGCUUCCAAGUAAAUUGUAAUUAUUUUUGAACUUGUUGAAGAUGCUUGUGGUAGUGCCUAAUGUGCACUUGCAGAGCUGUGCCUUGUCACUUCUUUGAAUGGAAGAGUGAAUUAGACAUGUCCAGAGCCUGGGGUAUUUUCCCACGUGUACAGAGGAUCUUAAAAGAGUCAAGAAGCUGCUUUGAUAGAAAUUUGCUUUGAGGAAGGGAUGGUCAGUGCUUCAUCUCAGCGAAAUGACUGGAGUCAGAGUUAGAGAUAAUCCCUUUGCUAUCAAAUCCCAUUAUUGGAUGGUCUAUCAGAAAGGACAGCACAGAAAUGGAGAUGCUGAGGAAGGAGAGAUAAACAAAUCUCUGUUAUCUUUUAGGCAGAGAUGAGGAGUGCUGCCCAGAGUUGGUUGUUGGAAAGCAAACUUUGUUUAUCCGUAGUGCACACACUGCACUUCAGACACACUGUUAACUUGAACAUCUGUCAGAAAACGUUCAAUGAAAACAGGUUUUGUGCAGCACUCAGAAUCAUCCUCUGGUUCUUUGUCCAUUGUGCUCCUUCUGACUCUUGUUAUCUCAUUAUUAGGAAUGUUGACAUUCCCUUCUCCACCUUCUCAAGCUAGCAGCGCUAAUUCUGAGUUUGUUGUGUCAUUCUUUUCUGUAUGCUUCUGAACCUGUGGUAAUUGUGACUUCUCAGCAGUGUAAGAUUUUUAUAUACAACUCUGCUUGGGGCAAGAAAGGAAGGAGGAGGAACUGUGAUUCUCCAUGUUGCUUUGGCUUUUGAUUGGAUGCGUUUUAGAAAAAUACUUCCAGGUUGACCAAGAUAAUGAUGUAGUGCUUUCCUUUUUACAGUUUGAAGAUAAAUCUGAUGCAGUAUUUGAUAUUACAGAAAAAUGUAGUGAAAUCCUGGAUGCAGAAAUGUCUGAGGACACUGUCCACAACUUACCAGCUACCCUCGACAGCGUAUCUUAUGAAAUGCAGAAUCGAGCAGGAUCUGAAAACUCACUGCUGGAUGAUGACGACGACGAUGAUUAUUUUCUGAACUCUGGGGAUUUGGCAAGCAUACCUGUUGUUGGGAGUGACAACGAAGAUGAUCAAAAUUUCACUCCAAAAGACACUCUCCCUUCUGAAGACCAUCUGGAAGAGGGCAAGAGGGUUGCAGAACACGAGCUGGACAGUGAAAAAGAUAUUCAGAUCGAAAAUGCAAUCCAGAAGGAUCUCACUUCACCUUUUGAGCAGGGUCCUGUAUUUAAAUCAAUUCAAAAAGAUUUUAGCAUAACAAGAGAUAAUGGCAAAGAGACUUUUUCAACAAAAGACAAGAAUAGAGAAGUAAAUCUUCAAGAACACGAAAAACGGUUGGAAAAAAUCCCUAAAGAUCCGGAUUCUAGAUUGAAAAGCAGUUUUCUUGACAAAGCAGUUCAUAAUCAAGUAGAAGAAACAUUACGGACGCAGUUAGCGCCACAAACUCCAGAAACUAACUUCAGGGAGUCUAGCUACCUAUUUUCUAGUAAGGAAUCUAUUGGACAAGAGCUGGGGAAUUCCUUUGCACCAAAUAUUAGAAUUAAGGAGGAGCCUUUGGAUGACGAAUAUGAUAAAGCUAUGGCCCCACAGCAGGGACUAUUAGACAAAAUUAAAGAUGAACCUGAUAAUUCUGAGGAGUACGGCCAACAGCCAAAAACUCAGGAAGGGGAGCUGAAAAUCAGUGCUGUAUUUUCAGUCAGUGGCAGUCCUCUUGGUAAGGAACAGGCAAGACUUCACUUGAUUUAAAGCUAUAA